GUCAGUAUCAUACUGGACACGUUUGGUAUCGGCAGUUUUAUGAGAUAUUUUAAACGAUCAUUUGAAUCGUUCGAUAGCAUCUACUGUCAUUUUUGAGAACGAAAUUUUGUUGCUAAUUUUUGGUGUAAAUUCAAGCAAUCAUAUUUUAAUAUCCGAAAUGAUUUCCAUCGAGCGAACAGCGAUGCUGAUCCUCGGGAUGGCUCUUUUCAUAACGUCAGGUUCCGCCUUACGUUGCUGGGUCUGCUCAUCCAACGUAAAUAACUUGUGUAAAGAUCCUAUGAACACUACGGAUCACCAAGCUGCAUUUCAUAUCAGAACUUGCGAUGUGGACUAUUACAGUUCUACAAAAGCUAUUUGCCGAAAAAUCGUUAAACAAGAAUAUGGCCAGCGAGUUGUCAUACGUCAAUGCUCCACUCCGUAUCACGAUGAGCUUGAUAUUACUGAUGGCCUAUGUGGCAAUUCCGCGACAGAGUCAGGACGCGGUGUAAUCGAAUCCUGCCACAUCUGCAGCACUGAUUUGUGCAAUUCCGCGACAGAGGCGUCUGCGACACAACUGCUUUGUAACGGCGCGCUGAUAUUUUUUGUCUACAUUUUCCAACAAUCGAAAUAUGGUUUGGUUCUUUAAUUUAUCGAUUGACGAUCCAUAGAUUAAUACGUACUA